AAAGAAGUGUGCAUUGGCUAAAUCGAUCGUCUCCCUUCCUCAUUUCCACCUUUCCAAGUCCAUCAGAGACUUGGGAGCGCUGGGUGUAUUUUUAGCAGAUGUCUGGAAAGUGUGCGUUGUGGGAUUUUUUUUCCAUCGUGGGCAGACAUUGAAAACAGCAUAUCUACGAUGGUAGUUCUUUUCUUUUAAAAUUUUAUUUGUCGUUUAUGCGUACUUUAAAUUAUAAAGUUUUGUUUGUAAGUAUUUACUACUAGAGUUGUACGUUUUAGGGACAGUCGACAUCAAGAUUUUCAUUGCAAAAAACAUAUAUUGCAAAAAAAUAAAUAAAUGGUAUAGCGACCCUCACAGUGUCCGAAAGCGGUGGGCGCACAUCAUUCUCUGUUUGGGGACCCCGUGGGAUAUGCCGGCCGAGUCUUGGAGGUGGAGGUUCUCCCGGUAGCCCGAAGACGGAGCGGACCUCCAGCGUCUGCGUGGCACGGAGGAGCCCACUGGGCGCGCCCUCUGCCCGCUGGAGCUCCCACCACGAUGGGGUGCGGGCUGAGCAAAUUGGAAGACCGGGAGGACAGCAGCCCGGGGAAAAUUUAUUCUACUUUGAAAAGGCCCCAGGUGGAGACCAAGUGCGACGUUGUGCAUGAGUAUGUGCUACUGGACUUCAGCUUAGAAGGCAGCCGCGCCACUGUGCAGGGUCUGGCAUCCUUGUGCGAUUUACCCAAAGCCCUGGAGCCGUACUACACUGAGGGCUACACACUGGCCGCGCUGCACCCCAUCGUGCUGUCUGUCAGACGGUCUGGUGCCCUGCCUUGCAGCCUGCAGUACCGCGCCAUUCUGACUCGCCCUCGGACCAGUAAGGAUUUGGUGCCAGUGUGCCAGAGUGCCCCUGUGCUGAGGGUGGAGGAGUGGCCCCUCCCUGGAGAUUCCUUGACCGCUAACGUAGUACAGGCUCUUAUUGACAGGGUGGACAGAUGUGCACGUGGCGGCUUGAGGUUCGUGGGCUCACUGCUGCAGCAGACAGGAGGAUGGUCACUGGGCUGCAAUGGGCGGAGCUGCGUAUCUCCUGCCCAGUCACCCAGCGAAGGCCCCGGCCUAGAGGAGUCCAGAAGCAGCAGUCCUGAUCUAAAUCUGUUGGUCCUGUUCCAUUCUUGGGAUUCAUGCUGCGUCCCCUUGGACCCUGUAACAUACUGCUACCACCAAGGGGCUUUGUCCAUGCGAGUCUCUCGAAAGGGCCAUGUUAUCAGCUCACUGGAAGCUGAUUGGCUGGAGCUGACUGCCACAUAUUACCAGAGGGGCUGGUCAUUGGUUGACUCCUUUGUCUACUGGGACACACCUAAAGGGGAGCCUCUGCCCAGGUCACUGGAAGGGCUGUUUUUGUACGAAGAGUGCAGUGCUACAGCCCCGCCCAAUGACACCAUCGUGGUGGAGCAGUGGACCGUGAUUGAGGGCUCUGGCGUGAAGUCAGACUAUGGUCCUCUCCUGCACACUCUCGCUGACUUUGGCUGGCUGCUUACCUGCGUUCUCCCAACACCCAUAAUCCGCCAUGACAGUGAGGGAAAUCUGGCCACAAAGCAGGUUUUAUUUCUGCAGAGACCUGCCAUGCCAGACCCAGUGCAGCGGCAGAGUCAGAGAGGAUCCACCCCCAGGAUGGCUUCCAGCUGCUCUGCGAACCUGGGGUUGGCCUUCCCUCCCCAGGAGCUGCCCUCCUGUACUGGGGAGACGGAACAGUUCUCUGUCUUUGAGGAGGGCUAUUCCAGCUCCCUGUGCCACCUGGAAGACGGCUGCUUAGAGCAGGACGAUGCCGCGGCCGAGGUCACAUGUAUGUGACACCGUGAGAGGCUCGGAGAUGUGCGACUCUCAUUUCCAUGCUCGCUAAUUUCUUCUUAAUGGAGGCUGUAGAUUAGCCUCAUUUUUUUCGUUUGACACUUGUCUUUUUACAAAGCCAUAUUUACCUUUUUAGAGGUUGCACAUUUUAUAUUCUUUAGCCAGAGAAGCAUUUUUGCAGGAUACAUAUCCAUAUAAUACAUUUUCUGAUGUGCUAUGGAAAAUGUUUGAGUGUUUUAUAGACGUUCUAAAGAGAGACACUGACAUCCCCUCUGUGGUGCACCCCAGCCUUGUGCCCUGUGCUGCCUGGUAUCUAAGCGAUUCGGACCAGGAUAACCAGUUAGAGGACCGGGAGAUGAACAAACGGACGGGUGGGCAGACUGAUUGAUUGAUUGAUUGAUUGAUUGAUUGCCUGUAACUAACAUUUCUGACUUACUUUGCUCAGACUGGGUUGAAACAUUAAGCAAUAACUGCACAUUUCAUUCUGUAUAAAUAUCUCCUGUAGACACAGAUCUGAUGGUGCCUAGAAUUAACAUUAAUACAACGCUUUCUAUGGCAAAAACAGAAAAACUUUUAUAGUAAUGUAAUAAUAGUCAUGUAUUCACUUAUUCUGUGAGCUGCUAGCUUUGAAUUUACUUUGUGUAAGAUUAGUGUGUCUCUUCAAGAUUCCAAAAGCCUCUAAAAAGUUGCCAUACAAAUACACUUCCAUUCAAAAGUUUGAGUCACUUAGAAAUGUCCUUGUUUUCCAUGAAAACAUACAUGAAAUGAGUUUGAAUAGGAAGUAUAACUAAACAGAUAGGAAAUAGUCAUUGACAAAGUUAGAAAUAAUCAUUCUUGAAAUGAAAAUAAUAAUUGUGUUCUUCACUUUGCUUUAGUCAAAGAGUCGUCCAUUUUCAGCAAUUACAGCCUUGUAUACCUCGGUCAUUCUAGAUGUAAUUUGUUUGAGGUAAUUUGAUGAGAUUUAACCCCAUGCUUCCUGAAGAAUCUCCCAGAAGUUGGAUUGGCUUGAUGGGGACUUCUUGUUGCUCCAAUAACAGCUCCAGAGAACUGAGACCUGGUGACUGUGCUGGUCACUCCAUUAUACACAGAAUACCAGCUGACUGCCUUCUCUCUAAAUAGUUCUUGCACAGUUUGGAGCUGUGUUUGGGUUAUUGUCCUGCUGUAGGACAAAACUGGCUCCAGUUAAGCGCCGUCCACAGGGUAUGGAAUGGCGUUGGAAACUGGAGUGAUAGCCUUCCUUCUUCAAGAUCCCUUUCACCCUGUACAAAUCCCCCACUUUACCAUCACCAAAUUGCCUCCAUCAUGCUUGACAGAUGUCAUCAAGCACUCCUCCAGUGUCUGUUCAUUUGAUCUGUGUCUCACAAAUGUUCUGCUUUGUGAUCCGCACACCUUAAACUUCAUCUAUUCAUAGCACUAGUCUUCCUCUGUCCAGUGUCCAUGUUCAUUUGCCAUCUCAGUAUUUUCUUUUUAUUUUCCACUCUGAGAUACAGCUUUUUCUUUGUUGUUCUGCCUACAAGGCCAGCUUCCUACAGUUGUCUCUUCACUCUUGACGCUGAGGCUGGUCUUUUGCGGAUACUGUUUAAUGAAGCUGCCACUUGAAGACCUAUGAGGCGUCAGUUUCUCAAAUUACACAUAUAUUUAUCCUCCCUCUCCUCUUUCCAUUGAGGCUAGAGCCAGUCUGUGCUGCUCUGUGAAGGGAGUGAUACACAGCAUUGUACAAGAUCUUCAGUUUCUUGACAGUUGCUUGCAUGGAAUAGCCUUCGUUUCUCAGAACAAGAAUAGACUGAGGAGUUUCAGAAGAAAGUUUGUUGUUUCUGACCAUUUUGAGUCUGCAAUUGAACCCACAAUUGCUGAUGCUCCAGAUACUCAGCUAGUCCAAAGAAGGCCAGUUUUAUUGCUUCUUUACAAAUUAACCUUUUAAAACGAUAAACUUACAUUAGCAAACAUAACAUUCCACUGGAACACAGGACUAAUUGUUGCUGAUAAUAGGCCUCUGUACACCUUUGUAGAUAUUCCAUUAAAAACAGUAGUUUCCAGCCAUGAUCGUCAUUUACGACAUCAAUGUCUACACAGUAUGUCUGAUCAAUGUGAUGUUAAUGGACAAAAAAACUCUUUUCUUCAAAAACAAGGACAUUUCUAAGUGACCCCAAAUUUUUGAACAGUACAUGUACUUUAUGGGCUGUCAAAGUUUUUAUUGUAAAUUCCGUAUCAAACCGCACUUCUUUUUUCAAUACAACUUACCAAGAGUGUUUCUAAGAGGAUCAGUGCACAUUAGCAGUAAACUAUGCAAUUCAGCUUUUAUGGUACAAAAGAUACUUGUCUGCUGGAUUACAGACUUUGCAAACUCUCGAGUACAUAAAUCUUUUAAAGCUAGAAUUUCAAACCUUUUAACUGAAUAUGCAGGGAAACAGCCUUUUCAUUUUCUUGUUGCAAAUUACAGCAAUUCGAACUGGUUUAAAUCCGGUCUAUUCCAUUAUAACUGGGAUGAACAUGGUACAGUAUUCUAUUUGAUUUAGCAAGAUAUAUUUCUACAUCCUUUGUAAAUGCUAACAUAAUUUUAAUUAAAGUUCAUUAUUUGUA